AUGGAAGUGGGAAUCCUCCUUCUCAAGGCCGAAAGAAGUAGAGGGGAGCUCCUUUGUAAUGUAAAUGAAGGUUUGGUGUUCAGUCCGCCAUUCCAAGACCGGAUGGGACCUAACAAACUCUCUACGUUCGUACCUGCAGCUAACAAGUCAGAAGUGUCCCUUGAGUCCGAGUUAGCUGCUCUAGUUCUAGUUCAAGACAGGAAAGUAUGGGACCGCUUGCUUAUGGCUUUGGAAGCGAGCAACCGACCCGGCAGAAGUAGAUCGGAAGUUAGGGAGUCAAAGUCUUACCUUUUUCUUUCAAGUCUUUCUGCCUUACUUUUGGAGGUAGGAGUCUAA